AUGCCGCUCCACGGACCCGGAGACGCGGCGCGCGACAGCUACAUGUCCAUGCCCGCAAUGCCCGCGCUCGACUAUGUCGUGCCAGUCCAGCCCGGCAACCCAUCAAGUCCGGACCCAGAUAAGGGCGGAACCAUAUCUGCAUACUCGGCGAAGGAAAGGAACAUCGAAACGAGGCUCGGCCCGACGCUUGCGCACGCGAGAGACGAGCUCGCGAGGGCACACUGGCAAGUGAAAGGUGCAGUCAUGCUUCUUUGA